AUGUCUGAAGUUCCAACAAUGUAUCACGGUCGCACAGUCCUAGUAACAUAUUUGAAAAAGCGUAACUCCAAAAGUUGGUCAUAUGCCGAUUUUCUGACCCUAAACCAUGCUUUUCUUAUCGAUUUACCACCAUAUAAUAGUAAAUGGAAUACCCUCAAUAGCACAUGGACUAGACGAUUUAUGCAGGAAGUGAAGGAACUUUCAGAGGAUACUGUGAAGGAAAUUACUGUGUCAAGUCUCUACAUGUCCCAACCGGUGUCCGAAAAAAUGAAGGACUAUUGGGAAAAAAUUAUCCUUGAACGAAAGGAGUGGUCAGUAAAACGUACACACCUCUCUGGUAGUCUUGAUCUGCUAGAUGAUGCUGGGAAGCAUAAUAUUCAGAAAUUACGCUCUCAAGGGUUUAAUGAAGAGAAGGAAGAAGAAUCUUCAACUAAAAAAGUUCGAGAAAGAAAACCGGUGAAUUAUUAUGAAAGUCAGAUUGAAAUAGAUUCUUCUGGUUCAGAAUAUCAAGAAAAGAAAUCCACCGAUAUUGACGAUGACAGGAUUUUAGAUGAACAAAUGGCCCAUUUCGAUCGCAUUUUCUGUGACCUAAACCCAGAAAAGAUGUGGACCCUUAAAUCUGGUCGUAUUGUUAAGAAAAUAAUUUACGAAUACGCAAAAACUUUGAAAUACGAGUCCUAUUUACACUCCUUCAUAAUCAGCAAUAUUGACGAAAAAGUAAAGUCAUUAUUUCAAAAUAAAGAGUGGAAAGAGAUAUUUUCCUCAAACUGCAAAAAAAUGACAAAAAUCGACAAAUCAGUUAUUGAGCUUCUGAAAAAAUAUUCAGUAACUGAUCUACCUUCAUUUCGAAAAAUCAUUUUUGAGUCUUUUUUACCUACCGAUGCUUUAUACUUCAACAGAAAACAUUUUGACUUAAAUUAUGUGAACCUUGUAUAUCAUUCAUCAAAAUUGGAAGGAUGGUUUCAACACAACAUAUGGAGUUCUAUUAUUGAUCCUGCAUUCUAUAUUAAUUCAAGGAUUAAUUUGAUACGUGGAGAAGGUAUGAGCCUAGCAUCUAGCGAUAGAAAGAAUGAUACAAGUUAUGAUGCAGAUCAUGAGACUUCAUCUAGUGAUAGUUGUGAUGUGGAUCGAAAAAAGAUCGGUAGGAAAAGGGAUGGAAUUUUUAGGUUGAAAGGUGAUAGGUUGGAAUUUGGAGCCAUUGAAGUGGGAAGAAAGUGGAAAGAUAGAAAUAGGAGAAAAUAUAUUACUGACAUUCUAAAACUAAGCAAAAUGUUAAGAGAUAUGCUAGUAGUGCUUAUAGCGAAAUGUAAAGGUAAUAAACAAAUUGCUAAACAAUUACAGACCGUUAGAAUGUUACAUAGUGGCAAUCGAUUUCAACUCCUAACUAUGGACGUUCCAAUAGGAUAUAUCUGUUGGGCUCAACGCCUUGACUUUUACGAAGUAGCUGGUCGUAUAAAUGAUCCACCAUUAGCAUUUAUGAUAAAGGAUGCAAAGGCAAUUAUUGUGCGAACAUUAAAAUUGAUGCAACAAGGAAAGACACUUAAUCUUAAUAGCCUUGAUGACUCUGACGAUGAUAACAAAAUUGAAAGAUCAAACCGAUGUACAACUCCUCCACCUAUGACUCUACCUUCGACUUUCAAGACUCCUAAUACAGUACGUACUAAAGUUGUAAUUAAUGAAAGAAAAAGAAGAAAAAAUUACGAUGACCUGGGUAACCUAGUUUAUUAUGAUGAUGAUGAUGGUGGCAGAGAAAAAAGUACGGAAAGGGUCCUGAAGGAUAUAAAAGCACAAACUAUAAUUCGUGAGCUGUCUAUCUGCCAAGCUAGUGAAAUAUCAAUUGGUGCCCCUCCUGAAGAUUCUGACAUGAGAGAAGUUUCGAAUCAAUUCCAUAAAUUAUAUUAUGAGAUUGAUGAUGCGGAAAAAAAUGAGGAUCGAGCUAAUAGAGAUUUAGUUCAUUUCUAUUCUCAGUUUAAAAAAGCCUUAUCAGAGCGACUAGCUAUACUUUUACAAAGCAAUCCUUCGCAAACGGCACAUACGAAGCUGAACAAAGAAGCGAUAGAGAAGGACAAGAUUCUUCGUAUCAAGUCUUUUACUGCAUCUAGUUUUUCAGAUCUAAUGAGAAGCCGUAAAAGGAAUAAAAACAAAAAUUGCGCACAACCACUUCAUUCACAAAGUGAACCGGCAUCAACUAUUUCAGAAAGUGAGAAGGCCUCUUAUUCCAAUACAUAUCCCAUGUUUCGUUUAUUACCUACUAAUGAUAGAUGCUAUCUAGUAUAUGCAUGCUCUGAUUUGUGUACUCAGCGGAUUAAUGAACAAAGCAAUGCAUAUUAUAGAUCAAAAAAUAUUAUAUUUAAAAAAACUGAUGAUAAUCAUUGCUGUUCAUACAUUCCUGAUCAAGCUAUAGAUGCAUUUAAAGCCUGUAACAAAAUUCUACGUCAUUGUGCAGAGAAAAAAGGAAAUAAUUUUGAAGUAAUGUUUUUUGAUAUAAUGAAUAAUAGUAUAAAAGAAGCCUGUAGAGAUCGUUUAGAAAAGCAUUUUUUGGCUAAUAA